CAUAUUCGCUGUCUCAACGAUUACUUAUUACACGGGCGCUGCCGCUGUUUAACAGUAUCUCCUUGAUGUCCGAGUGUACUAACAACAACAAUCGGAUGAGUGCUGAGACUGCUGAGUGUUAACUUUAACCGUUAAACGAACGAGAUGGAUCUGCACGAUCGUUACAUGAACACCUCGGCGACGAUAGACUUCUCGAUCUUCGAACUGUUACACAGCGAAUUGAAAAACAAUCCGUUUCUAUUGUUACAUCGUCUGAUCAGGCAUUAUAACAAUGAAAUAAUCGGGGGUAAUUAUUUCCAUCUGAGACAGUUGAACACGCUUCGAAUGUUAUUAUGCUACGAAUAUCAACUCGUGUUUAAUGCGAAGGAGAAGAACAAAAGAACAAUUUCGAAUUUAUGUAUUAAGAAUAUAGAAAAUUCGUUAUUGGCGAGGAGGCAAUUGCGAAAACCGUUGAAUGACCGUACGAUUCUGUUCGAUAUCGUGAUUUUGCAAUUGACCCUUUACUGCGACACGCAAUGUAUCCACCGGCACUUGAUCAAUUUUCGGCAAUCGAACGUCGACGUACUGGACGACGACGAGAGUAGGUCGCAUUAUUUAAAAAUUCUGGAAUGCUUUCUGCAGGUGUCGAAAUUAAAGGCGAUCCUGUAUAACAACCCACGAUUAAACUCGAUUUGGAAAUCAUUCGGUUCAAUGUAUUUGCACGAGGUAACGUCGUGGCUGAAAGCAGAAGAUACAAAUAAAGAAAUGCGACUGUUCGCUUCGAUAUUGCCAAAAUUGCUGGAUACCUUCGGUUCUACGUACGUUUUGCCGUACUUGUGUGAUAUCAUUUUGAAUGAAUUAGAUGAUAUAGAAGAUUCGCUCAGUGCGCUCAGCAUUCUAACGGAUAUUUCAGUAAACGUAGACGAUGCAAGCCUCGCACUUCACGAUUUAUAUUACACAGAAGCAUUAUGGUUUCUGAUAAUAUCGAGUUUGAGAUCUCCUGAUCAGCAAAAUCGUAAACAAGGAAUAUUUAUAAUGAAACUAAUGACUAACUUAGAUGCUAUAUGUGAAACCUGUUCGAAUUCAGUAAAGCAUGAAAUCAUUCCUUUUGUAUGCAGCGGAUCUACUGAAAUAAAGAUAUCGAUAGACGAUAUUAAGCGAAACUUUUUCUUAAUAAUAGAAGCGCUGGAAGAGAAACAGCAUCACCUGAUCAUCCCUGCCUUGAAGCAUUUGCCGAUUUUAGUAGAAGGAAACAAAGUCCAUUCUUUAUGUAAUAAUUGUUUUGAUAACGCUUGGGUACGAUUAGUUUUCGAAAGGAUCUUGCAACACGGGAAUAGUGCCAUAGUAAGGCAGGGGAUAUUGUAUUUAUGCGAGUUACCUAUUCUCCUAGACGACGAUCGCUUUCUCAGAUUGUUCGUCCACACUUUGAACAAUACAUUCUUAUACGAGUAUCAGUCUGAUCAACAGGAGCCAGAAGUAGUCGAUGAUAUUGUCAAAUUGUUUCUCAUUUCACAGAACAAACGGGCAGAAUUUCUCAGCAGAGUACUUCACAUGAUAGCUGAAAAGAUAUGGGCGCCUAUACCGAUAUUUUACAUGAUGAGAAUCCUGAGAAUAGUUUCGAGCAAAGUAGCGAGUCGCUGGGGAGACCAAGAGUUGAACGUAGUCGCAGAUUUGAUACGGAUGAAUUUGAACAUCGGUACCAAGCAUAGAAAUAAUUUUAACGUAUUGAACGGCGUGGCUCAACUCGACCUUUUGAAAACAGUCACACUAUCUGUAGACAGCGUGAACAAUUUGAAAAAUGCGAUGGACAUGUUACUGGCGUGUCCUUUAACGGUAUCAUGGAACGUUGCAGUAACGUGGCUAAGAAAAGUAUUGACACAACAGGACGCACUGAAUUUUUUAUGGAUCGUGUGCGAAGAGUACUCGUACGAAGAUCCACCUACGAAACUAAGUCCUACAGAUUUUUCUGCCAUCAUUGUCAUGUUCCAUGAAACAGGUUUAAUAUUAGGAAAGGAAAUGAAUGUCUCGUUGGACAUAUUACGCGAUUGGUUGUCUUUGUUAAAACAUGCGGAUGUGAGACCUUACGCAAACGUUGCGCAUAUAUUGUACAUGAUAGAAUUCAUGUCAGAAUUAUUUGAAAUAAGCAGCGUCGUAAAGAUUCCAGAGAGUGUCAACCAGUUAUUGUCUCUCUAUAUACAUGAUGCGUUGAGAUUUCUAAUUAGAAACACCAGAAGCAUACCGUACAAAUCUAAUUACGAGAAAAUAAAUAGAUAUUUCGUCGCGAUUACCAAAAUUCUUAACGAGCGGAAUAGUCUAUUGUUGAACCGAGAGAUUUUGAAUUAUGCUGCGAGGUUUAGGAAUGAAAGCAUAAUCAUUCUCGAAAAUGUAAAGCACUACACGAGCCUGCAUCAUCUGUACGCACUAGCCAUUUUGCAUUACACUCAGGAAAUCUUAAGCGAAACUCAUGUAUCGUUUUAUAACGAGCCAUUGUUAAGUAUCUGUGAUGUUCAAUUGUACGACGACGUCGAAGCGAAGUUGAAGGGGACGAUAGCGUCUGAUCGUUGUAAGCUGCUUGCGAAGCUCGCGAAUCAAUUUUUGUUAAAUGUAAAAGUAGAAUUGUGGCCCAAAGAGAUAGACUGGUUCGAGAGCGUUUCGCACCUACACGAGAUGGGAGGGAAUGAGAUUGUGCCAGAGGUAGCAUCGAUUUUAAAAGCGAUCGUCGACCAGGGAUUGAUAAAAAUCCCAGAGAAUAAACUGAAAUUGCAAUCGAUUUUUACUAUUAUCUGGUGGAGUACUCUGAUGAGUACUAAAAAUUACAUUUAUUUCUCUGGUAUGAAAAAUCUCGUAAGAAUUAUUGUAAACAAUAAUUUUUUAGUAGAAUCUAGUAUUAUGAGUUUUGUCGACAAGUUUCUCGACGAGCUACUCGAAGAAGGCAACCACGUGCCGAGAUUGAAGAAGUACUUAUUAGACGAGAUGAAAACGUUAGACAUGUCUCACCUAAACAAUUUACAAGGACCGCUAUUAGCGUGCCUUCUUCACGGCGACGUACUUAGAAAAGAUAAGCACAUAGAAAAUCAAGUCUAUUUGUACAUCGCUAAAAAUUACGAGGACUAUUGUUUGCAGAACAUAAAGAUAAUAGAUUGUAACGACGAUGUUAAUGUCCGGGCGAUGUCUGUGAUUUUAUUACAUAAAAUAAUCAACGAAGACAAAACGUACGCAUCUACAUUCCUCCCUCGCGUUCUCACGAAAUUGGAGGAGUACAAAAAUAAACGACAUUUCAGUAACUCUUAUGUACAUAAAAUAAAACAUAGAAUUAUGCAAAUUUUACUAGUAAUACAGCCAACUUUAAAUAAGGAAGACACUUCGACGUUACAAGAAUUUCUUUGUAACGCGAUACUUUUAGAAAGCAAUCAACACAGCGUUCGAUUAAUGCAAGAGUGGAUACUUAUAAGGAUAUUUUUAGAGUACACGGAACUUCAUGACAGGCUCUGGGCAUUUUUCGAGAAGGCUAUUGCAACGCGUCCAGGGUGCGUCAGUUCUGUAAUUUGCAUCGCUCAUCAUGUUGUAAGUCUUCUUCCAAAGGAUUUGCAAGGCGGUUUCAUUUCCACGGGGAUUAGUUAUGUUACUCGUUGUUGUUUAGGACAACAUUAUAGUAUGCGCCUUUAUAGUCAGAUCAUUUUUGUUAAAUGGUUCGAAAAAUUGAAAGAGUUAAAUUGCGAUCGCAUUAAAUUGGAAGGACUGUACCAUGCUGCAAACGCGAGUUUGAGAGAUGGAUUAUCAAAAAAUGCGAACAGGGUUCAAGACGACUUUUACCUUUCAACUUUCCAUGCUACGCGGCAUUAUACUUUAGAGACAAUUUAUUUCGAUCUACCCCGGUUAUCCAAUAUAAUUGAAAACGAAUGGGUGAAUCCUAAUUUAUUUAAAAAUCUGAAUUUCAAAGAGACCGAUGCUCACCCUCUCCGGUUGUACAAUUUCGACAGGUCUUUAUCAGAUACUAAAAGCUCGUCGUAUUUAAUCAAAUCCACAGGUGAUACGGAAACGUCUAUUAAAGAUUGUAAGAUAGACGUUGAAGGUAUGAACGAUAUUCAGAGGAAACCUACUCCUUCGACUUCGUUACACGAUAUCUUCCCAACAAUUCGAGACGCGAUCUCUCAUAGAAAAACGUCGAACGAGGAAGGUCUUAUAGUCGUGGCGAGUCUCGUUAGCCGUGCCCCAAAUUUAGGAGGGCUUGCGCGUACGUGUGAAGUUUUCAGCGUAAAAGAAUUAGUAAUUGCUAACUUGAAUCAGAUGCAGGAUAAAGAAUUUCGGAAUCUUAGCGUGUCGGCAGAAAAUUGGAUAACUAUCACAGAGACAAAGCCGCACGAACUACGGGAAUAUUUAUUGAACAAGAAAGAUAUGGGAUGGUCUCUGAUAGGAGUUGAACAAACGGCUAAUAGUAAAAAUAUACUGCACACAAAAUUCGAGAAGAAAACGAUUCUAGUUUUAGGGAAUGAAAAGGAUGGGAUCUCUGCCAAUUUAAUACCAUUAUUCGAUGCUUGCAUAGAGAUACCACAAGCCGGGGUGAUUCGAUCGUUAAACGUCCAUGUGAGUGGAGCAAUAUGUGUUUGGCAAUAUGCAAAACAACACAUAUUAAUAGAAUCCAAAUUGUGAUAAGUCGAUGUACGAUACAUUAUGAGACCAAUUUUUUGUAAAUGAAUCUUUUCUAACAAAAAUUGAAUAAAAUUGAAAUUAACAUUGA